UCCGUUGGAACUGCGUCUGCGUCUCAAAUAAAAGCGAUCAGUUGUCAAUGGUAAUUGCAUUGUUUAUAAACAACAACAGGUUUUAUUUCAAAUAAACGGGUGGCUUUGUGCAGAAACAAUUGCGUCCUAUUAGUGAGAUCCGGAUAUCCGGUGUGUUGUUGUGGGACGAGCGGAUUGGUGUGUGCAGAGGAAAGUGCGAAUAUUUGCGUGUGUGUAAAGUACGUGCGUAUGCAAAGAAGAUAUAUAAGAGAUGAAGAUCAUGCCGGUAGAUAUAAAGGAGCUGACGGAGGGGUGGCUCGAGCUGGAAAGCGAUCCAGGUCUGUUUACACUUUUACUUGAAGACUUUGGGGUGAAGGGGGUGCAAGUCGAAGAGAUUUACGACUUGAACAAACCUCUGGACGGCCCCGUUUACGGAUUUAUAUUCUUAUUCAGAUGGAUCGAGGAGCGCAGAUCGCGUCGCAAAGUCGUCGAGCAGACGGAGAUCUUUGUACGCGACGAAGACGUCGUCAAUAAUAUAUUUUUCGCACAGCAAAUGGUGCCGAACAGUUGCGCCACGCACGCCCUCAUCUCGAUCCUGCUGAAUUGCCCCAACAUACACCUGGGUGACACGCUGAGCCGCCUCAAGCAGCACACUCAUGGCAUGUGUCCUGAGAACAAGGGCUGGGCCAUCGGGAACACACCGGAGCUGGCCUGCGCUCACAACUCACAUGCCAUGCCACAGGCAAAGAGGCGAUUGGAUAAAGGCAGCGGAGUCUCGACAGGGAGAUUCACUGGAGAGGCUUUUCACUUUGUCAGCUUUGUGCCUAUAAAUGGUAGACUCUUUGAACUGGAUGGUCUAAAGCCCUAUCCCAUUGAUCAUGGGCCAUGGACGGAGGGAGCAGAUUGGACUGAGAAGUUCAGGAGUGUGAUGAGCGAACGUCUCGGAUUGACUGCAGGAGAACAGUAUCAUGAUAUAAGAUUCAAUCUGAUGGCCUGCGUCCCAGACAGAAGAUUAGCUAUCACACAUAAAUUGAAGAUGCUCAAAACUAACAAGCAAAUUGUGUUGGAUGCUUUGCAACAAUUGAUGAAAAUUAAACAUUCUGAAGCAAAGAGCCAAGAAAAGGAGGAAGUCAAGAAGGAGGAGGAUGAUAAGAAAGAUGAACCAAUGGAUGUGACUGCUGCAUCUAAUGAAGAUGAGAUCAAAGAUGACAUUGCUAUGGCCGAUACUAAGGAAAAGGUGACUUUAUGCCCAUUGGACUAUUCCACUCCGCUGACGAUCCAGACAUCGCCGGCUCCCAGUACCUCCAGCACCGACACCUCCUCCGAAAUUGGGUCGGCCUUCAAUUCGCCAACGGCCGCUUGGAAUUGGGCUGCCGCUCAAAAUAGUCCCACUUCCAAAGAUUACAAACGUUUCGUGGUGAUAAGGGUAGCAAACGAGGAUAAAACAGCGAUUAAAAAACCGGAGACUAGCAAGAAAAUGAAUACGGCUCACGCGAGGGUCAGGACGAGCGACGGUGAUACCGUGGUGGCAGAGAAAAAGAACCCCGAACUUUUGGAGCCACACACAUUUGCGCCACAGGAUCUACUGGCGCUUCUGAAGAAUCUGGAAAACGAAAUUUGCAUCUGCGAGAUCAAUCUGAAAGAUGAGAACGACAAGCAGAACAAGUACAAGGUGGACGAUUGCAGAAGGACUCACAACUACGACGAGUUCAUCUGUACGUUCUUGUCGAUGCUUGCCGAGCAGGGAAAACUGGCCGAGCUCGUGGAGCAACAUCUGCUUGUGCCGAAGAGGCCAGGCGGCGGUAGCACAAUUCCGGCACCAAAAAACAACAAGAGCACCAAGAAGGAGAAUUCGAACAAGAGCAAGAAACGCGGUAGGUCGAAGGUGAAGAAAAGGAAAUGAUGGUAACUAAACCUCUUCUUUACUGCUGUGAUUCGAUCCAUGCCAUUACUGACUUGCAUAUUAUUAUUAUUAUUCGAAUGAUACGAUUGGCGUUCCAAAUGAUGUUAGACUAUUCUCCACAUUUUCGAAUGUUUUUCGCGAUACUAGGCAGCGUUGGACUGGCUCGUUCCUAUUUCUCUCUCUCUCUCACAAUCUCUUUUCAAUUCGAGUAUUUUAUUUUUAUUUAUUUACGCGAGCGAUUUUCCCUCAUUUCCUAUGGUGGUAGACUGGCACGACGAGAUGUUGGUCUGACGAUUCUUUUGAUAUUGCUCUUAAAGGUGAAUAGUGAAGGAGAUCCUUACUUACACUAAUACGUACUGUACUAUACAUUCAUAUACAAGAAACUCGACACAUAACAAACUGUUAAUGCGCUUUUUCAAUAUUAGGAUUUAUCAACGACUAAAUUAUAUAAACGUUGAUUUAUAUAUACAUAUAAAUACACACAUUUACAUAUAUUUAUUUAAUAUAUAGAGAAUAUAGGCAAUACAUACAAUAUAUAUUUUUAUAUUAGAAGUUUUAAAAGAUAUCGUAGGGUUACAAGAAAAGAGCAAACAAACUCCUUUGCAUUCAAAGACACGACAAAUAUAUUGACGACUGGUGA